AUGAAGCUAUCUAAUUUAACUAUCGCUGCCGUUGCUUCUGCCGCUGCCGUUGCUGCUGCUCCAGCUGUUGUUGUUGAGCACGUUCACGCUUCUCCAACUAUUACCGUACAAGGUUACGUCUACUUCGAAAAUGGUGUUGCUCAGACCAGCUACACCACCAUCGAUGAUUCUACCAAGACUCAAGCUGCUGCUGUCGCCGCUGCUGUUGUUCCAACUUUGGUCGCCAACGCCAACGUCGCUGACAGCACCAGCUCUACUUCAACUUCCACAUCCACCACUACUCUAACCCAACAAUCGACUACCUCUUCUUCAACCACCACCACCGAAGUUGCCGCUCCAUCCACCAGUUCCACCUCCACUCAAGCUGCUGCUCCAUCCACCUCUUCUACCGCUCAAGCUGCUGCUACUACCGCCGUUGCCACCACUGACAGCAGUCUAUCUGACUUCGCUAACGAAAUGUUAAACGCUCACAACGCCAAGAGAGCUUUACAUCAAGACACUAACUCUCUAGAAUGGUCCUCUGAUCUUGCAAGUUACGCUCAAAACUACGCUGACAACUACGAUUGUUCCGGCACUCUAACUCACUCAGGUGGUAGUUACGGUGAGAAUUUGGCUGCUGGUUACGACGGUGCAGAUGCUGUCGAAGCCUGGUACAGUGAAAUCUCCAGUUACGACUUCUCAAACCCAGCUUACUCUUCUUCCACCGGCCAUUUCACUCAAUUGGUAUGGAAAUCUUCUACCCAAGUGGGUUGUGGUUUCAAACAAUGUAACAACGACUGGGGUACCUACAUCAUUUGUUCAUACAACCCAGCUGGUAACUACAUCGGUCAAUUCGCUGAAAACGUCGGCAACCUAUUAUAA